GGACGCAGGGGGGUUUGCGCGGGGGGAGGGCGCUAGGUCUUCUGGGAAGGUGAGGAGGGACAGGACGAGCCGGGGCAGCCAUGGCGCACGCCGCCUCGCACAUCAAGAAGGCCCGCUUGGAGAUGGAGCCGGCGCCCGACCUGAAGGCGCUGGAGAAAGCCCGGGAGAGGAGGCGGCGCUCUCGGGAACGGGCCGAGCGCAAACGCAAGUCGGACAGCAACACCAGCUUCCUGCGGGCAGCCAGGGCAGGGAACAUCGACAAGGUUCUGGAAUAUCUGAAAGGAGGAGUUGACAUCAGCACCUGCAAUCAGAAUGGGCUCAACGCUUUGCACCUGGCUGCUAAGGAGGGCCAUGUGGAGCUGGUUCAGGAGUUGCUGGAGAGAGGCUCCGCCGUAGACUCUGCUACCAAGAAAGGAAACACAGCCCUUCACAUCGCCUCACUGGCGGGGCAGGGCGAGGUGGUGAAGAUCCUGGUUAAGCGAGGGGCUGACAUCAACUCCCAGUCUCAGAAUGGCUUCACGCCGCUGUACAUGGCGGCCCAGGAGAACCACAUGGACGUGGUCCGCUACCUGCUGGAGAACGGAGCCAACCAGAGCACUGCCACGGAGGACGGCUUCACCCCCCUGGCCAUCGCCCUCCAGCAGGGCCACAACCAGGUGGUGUCCAUCCUGCUGGAGCACGACACCAAGGGCAAGGUGCGCCUGCCGGCACUGCACAUCGCCGCGCGCAAGGACGACACCAAGUCUGCCGCGCUGCUGCUGCAGAACGACCACAACGCCGACGUGCAGUCCAAGAUGAUGGUCAAUAGGACGACCGAGAACGGAAAGAGUGGCUUCACACCUCUGCACAUCGCUGCCCACUAUGGAAACGUGAACGUGGCCACUCUUCUGCUGAACCGGGGGGCAGCGGUGGACUUCACAGCCAGGAACGGCAUCACACCCCUGCAUGUGGCCUCCAAGCGGGGCAACGCCAACAUGGUGCGCCUCCUUCUGGACAGGGGCUCCCAGAUCGACGCCAAAACCAGAGACGGCCUCACACCCCUGCACUGUGCAGCCCGGAGUGGACAUGACCCUGCGGUGGAGCUACUGCUGGAGAGAGGAGCUCCCAUGCUGGCCAGGACCAAGAACGGUCUGUCUCCUCUCCACAUGGCAGCGCAGGGGGACCACGUGGAGUGCGUCAAACACCUCCUGCAGCACCAGGCGCCUGUUGAUGAUGUCACGCUGGACUACCUGACGGCGCUGCACGUGGCGGCCCACUGUGGACACUACCGGGUCACCAAGCUGCUGCUGGACAAGAGAGCCAACCCCAACGCCAGGGCGCUGAACGGCUUCACCCCUCUGCACAUAGCGUGUAAGAAGAACAGAGUGAAGGUGAUGGAGCUGCUGGUCAAGUAUGGAGCUUCUAUCCAGGCCAUCACAGAGUCUGGCCUGACUCCCAUCCAUGUAGCAGCCUUCAUGGGUCACCUCAACAUCGUCCUGCUGCUGCUGCAGAACGGAGCCUCACCCGACGUCAGCAACAUACGUGGGGAGACGGCGCUCCACAUGGCAGCCAGGGCUGGGCAGGUGGAGGUGGUCAGAUGUCUGCUGAGGAAUGGAGCCAUGGUGGAUGCAAGAGCCAGGGAGGACCAGACUCCCCUCCACAUCGCGUCUCGCCUGGGCAAGACGGAGAUUGUCCAGCUGCUGCUCCAGCACAUGGCCCACCCUGACGCCUCCACCACCAACGGCUACACCCCCCUGCACAUCUCCGCUCGGGAGGGCCAGCUGGAGACGGCCUCGGUGCUGCUGGAGGCCGGGGCCUCACACUCGCUGGCCACCAAGAAAGGGUUCACUCCCCUGCAUGUGGCAUCCAAGUACGGAAGCCUGGAUGUGGCCAAACUUUUGCUCCAGCGUCACGCUCCUCCAGACUCUGCUGGCAAGAACGGCCUCACCCCUCUCCACGUGGCAGCGCACUAUGACAACCAGACGGUGGCGCUCCUGCUCAUGGACAAGGGGGCCUCCCCCCACGCCACGGCCAAGAACGGCUACACCCCGCUGCACAUCGCCGCCAAGAAGAACCAGAUGGACAUCGCCACAGUGCUGCUGCAGUACGGCGCCGAGACCAACCCCCUGACCAAGCAGGGGGUGGCGCCCCUCCACCUGGCCUCCCAGGAGGGCCACGCCCACAUGGCCGCCCUGCUGCUGGAGAAGGGCGCCCACGUCAACACGCCCACCAAGAGCGGCCUCACCUCCCUCCACCUGGCCGCCCAGGACGACAGGGUGGCCGCCGCCGAGAUCCUCGCCAAGAGCGGCGCUGACCUGGACCACCAGACCAAGUUGGGCUACAGUCCGCUGAUUGUGGCGUGUCACUACGGCAACGCCAAGAUGGUGAACUUCCUGCUGCAGAACGGCGCCGGCGUCAACGCCAAGACCAAGAAUGGAUACACUCCACUGCACCAGGCUGCCCAGCAAGGGAACACACACAUCAUCAACGUGCUGCUGCAGCACGGAGCCAAGCCCAACGCCAUCACUGUGAAUGGUAACACUGCUCUGGCCAUCGCCCGUCGCCUGGGUUACAUCUCCGUGGUGGACACCCUGAGGGUCGUCACUGAGGAAAUCAUUACCACGACGACGACGGUGAUUGAGAAACACAAGCUGAACGUCCCUGAGACCAUGACUGAGGUGCUGGACGUCUCAGACGAGGAAGUGUUGAAACAGAAUGAGGAUGAUGUUCUGUCGGAUGACUCCAUGGAUAUGGAAGGUGACGACACCAUGACCGGGGACGGGGGGGAGUACCUGAGGGCGGAGGACCUGAGGGAGCUGGGGGACGACUCCCUGCCCGGGCAGUACCUGGAUGGCAUGAACUACCUGCGCUACAGCCUGGAGGGGGGGCGCAGCGACAGUAGAAUACAAAGUUCCGACAGGUCGUUCACGCCCAGUCACCACGGUUACUACUCCCCCAAACACGGCGGGGGGAUGGAGGAACUGCUGAGCAGCCAGCAGGUUUCGUCCCUGGCCCGGGACAACGAGAGGGACUCGUACCGCCUGAGCUGGGGCACGGAGAACCUGGACAACGUGGCCCUGUCCUCCAGCCCUGUCCACUCUGGCCGCUCCUCUCCGUGCCAUGACCAUGGAGACAGCAGCUUCCUGGUCAGCUUCAUGGUGGACGCCAGGGGCGGAGCCAUGCGGGGCUGCCGCCACAACGGCCUGCGCAUCAUCAUCCCUCCCCGGAAGUGCUCGGCGCCCACGCGGGUCACCUGCCGCCUGGUGAAGAGGCACCGCCUGGCCUCCCUGCCCCCCAUGGUGGAGGGGGAGGGCCUGGCCAGCCGCGUGGUGGAGGGGGGCCCAUCUGGAGCCCAGUUCCUUGGUAAGCUCCACCUCCCCACGGCCCCGCCCCCUCUUAACGAGGGCGAGAGCUUGGUUAGCCGCAUCCUCCAGCUCGGCCCGCCAGGGACUAGAUUCCUCGGGCCUGUGAUCGUGGAGAUCCCCCACUUCGCGGCGCUGCGCGGGCGCGAGCGGGAGCUGGUGAUCCUGAGGAGCGAGACGGGCGAGAGCUGGAAGGAGCACCACUGUGAGCACACCCAGGAGGAGCUCAACCAGAUCCUCAACGGCAUGGACGAAGAACUGGACCCUCCGGAGGAGCUGGAGAGGAAGAGGAUCUGCCGCAUCAUCACCCGCGACUUCCCCCAGUACUUUGCGGUGGUGUCUCGCGUCAAGCAGGACAGCAUCCUGAUUGGUCCGGAGGGGGGCAUCCUGAGCAGCACGGUGGUGCCGCAGGUCCAGGCUGUGUUCCCUGAGGGAGCGCUCACCAAGAGGAUCAGGGUGGGCCUGCAGGCUCAGCCAAUGAGCAUGGACGUGGUGAGGAAGCACCUGGGCAGCAAGGCCACGUUCAGCCCCAUCGUCACCCUGGAGCCUCGCCGGAGGAAGUUCCACAAGCCCAUCACCAUGACGAUCCCCGUCCCCCAGAGCGGCAGCGAGCCCCCCAGCAACGGCUUCCUGGGGGACACGGCCACGCUCAGGCUGCUCUGCAGCAUCACAGGUGGAACAACGCCAGCCCAAUGGGAAGACAUUACAGGCACCACACCCCUGACCUUCAUCAACGACUGCGUCUCCUUCACAACCAACGUGUCGGCCAGGUUCUGGCUGAUCGACUGCAGACAGGUGCAGGAGUCGGUCAGCUUCUCCACGCAGGUGUACCGGGAGAUCAUCUGCGUGCCCUACAUGGCCAAGUUUGUGAUCUUCGCCAAGACGCACGACCCCAUCGAGGCGCGCCUGCGCUGCUUCUGCAUGACGGACGACAAGAUGGACAAGACCCUGGAGCAGCAGGAGAACUUCACCGAGGUGGCGCGGAGCAGAGACGUGGAGGUGUUGGAAGGAAAACCCAUCUAUGCAGACUGUUUUGGCAACCUGGUCCCUCUCACCAAAAGUGGCCAGCACCAUCUUUUCAGCUUUUUUGCAUUCAAAGAGAACAGACUAGCUCUCUUUAUCAAAAUCCGAGACAACACUCAGGAGCCGUGCGGCCGCCUGUCCUUCAUGAAGGAGCCGCGCUCCUACAGGAGCCUGGCUCAGAACGCCAUCUGUAACCUCAACAUCACACUGCCAUCCUACUCCAAGGAUUCAGACUCCGACCUGGAGCCAGAUGAAGAGAUCAGCAAGACACUCGAGAAAUUAGAUCCACAGGAUGAAGCAGAGAGGAAAGAGGAACGGUUGGCCAUCAUAGCCGACCAUUUGGGCUUCAGUUGGACUGAAUUGGCGCGAGAGCUGGAGUUCAAUGAGGAGAGGAUCAAUCUGGUGAGGAUUGAGAACCCCAACUCUCUACAGGACCAAAGUCAUGCCCUCCUGAAGCUCUGGACGGAGAGAGAGGGAAUACAAGACACAGAAACCUCUCUGAUCCAAAAGCUGACCAAGAUCAACCGCAUGGACAUUGUCCACCUCAUCGAAACCAAGAUGAUCAAGUCCACACAGGAGGAGACCUCGUCGCACACAUAUGCAGAGAUAGAGAGGACCAUCGCCCUGGAUCACAGUGAAGGGUUCUCUGCCCUCCACGAGGACAUCGACAGCCCCCGGCCGGGCAGGCGGUCUGAGACCACCCCCAAAAGAGGUCCUGUAUCCGGCCAGCAGCCCCCCAUGGUGUUGGAGGAGGACCUCUCCUCCAGUCUGUCUUCGCUCCUUGACACUUCAGGACGGGUGGAGACGGAUGCUUCAGUAACAGGGCUCCUCAGAAACACCCAGAAAGAGGCGCUUCAGAAAGGACUGGAGAUGACAAACACAUCACAAAGUGGAUUAGAAAAGGCUGGAGCAGAGUCGGUCUUCAUGGGCCGUCUUAAACAUGUGGAUGAGCUGCCCGACAUCCCACCACAGACCGUGACAGAAGAGCAGUACACAGAUGAACAUGGCAACAUGGUGGUGAAGAAGAUCACCAGGAAGGUGAUUCGUCAGUAUGUGUCCCCGGACGGCGUGCCGAGGCAGGAUGUGACAAUGGAGGGAUCUCACCAGGAGAUGGUCCAUGUGGAGGAGGGAGACUCCUUCUCCAAGGUGGUGAAGAGGACGGUGGUCCGGAGCGAGGGAGAUCAGACUGAGGUGACCUUCUCGGAGCCCCAUGUGCUGGUGGGCGCUGCCACUGCCUCUGAGUUUGAGGCGGAGCCUGCGCAGGGCCGGAAGGUCAGCAAGGUGGUGAAGACCACGGUGGUCAGGGGCGAGAGGAUGGAGAAGCAGACCGGAGACCGCUCGCUGGCUGCAGAUCUCCCCUCAGCCAAAGAGGACUUUGAGAAGGCGUUGAGUUAUGCUGGAGGCUUUGGGAAAAUCCUCCUGCCUCAUUUAGUAGAAAGAGAGGUUGUCAAGGACGACGGCUCUGUUGUCAAAAGAACCCAGAUGUGUAGGUCGCGCACCCAGAAGAGGACAGUGGUGAGGGACGCCCAGGGUAAGCAUGUGCACCUGGAGUGUGUGGACGUCCCCCCAAAGGCCAUGCAGCCAGACGCACUUCAGCACCACCUGCACACACUGCUCCAGCGCUACUGUGCCGAGGACCAGCAGGAGGAGGAGGAGGACAGAGAGGAGGGGGAGGAAGAAGAGAAGCAACAGUGAUUUGGGUAACUCUUCUUAGCCUCACUCACCCUGCUUAGUCCUACACCUUCUGAGGUGAGUUAUUCAAACAGCCAAGCCCAUGACUGAACCCCUGGUUUUAGAAGCCCCGAUCUCAACCCCUCUGUUGCAGACACUGGCUUGUGUUUUGGUUUGGAUUUUUUUUCUUCCCUUUGUGGCAAAAAACGGAACAAUAUUUAUUUUAGGGCUUCAACUUUUUUCCUUUUUUUCCCCUUUUGACUUUGUUUCAUUUGCUAAGUUUUGUGACCAAAGAUAGUUCCCUUUUUAUUGUCGGGUGACAAAUGAACGUAGAUUGAUUUUGCUCUCCUUUUUUUGGGCUGCUGUGGUACAAUACUGAACAAACACAAAGAUCAAUGGAAAACUUAAAAUGGUGGGGGGCUUCACGGACGUUUGCCUCAUGCACGGGCCUCUUCUCAAAGGACGAUUGUAAACAUGUGUAUAUAGAGGAGAAAAACAUACAUGCGCUGCAAAAGACAACAGCAAUUCAAGCAUUUAAUUGAUACAGUACAUUUGCCCUCUGUAACUGCUGUACGUGCACCAAUCAGACUAGAUCUACUGUCCCCAGGUCGAAAGACAUUGGCCUAUAAGUUUAAUGUUGCUGAGCUUUUGAAACAUACUGUAAAGAGAUAAUGAAUGCUGUCUUUCAUCAAGGAGUCUUGGAUCACACUGUUUUACAGGCACAGAAUCAAUCCACAAACCGUUAUACCACUUUUCUGUUUACAAAGUUAGCUCCUGCUGGUGAAGUGUGUGAUGUCUAGUUGUCUUGGCAUGGGCUUUGUAAGCUUUUAGCCCCAAGAACAUGUCUUUUUUUAUGUCUGUGUUGUGUUUUCACAAUUUCUUCUUAGCGAGACAUCACAAAACUUCCACGUGUGUAAAUGUGUUAGCGCAUAGCAUCUUCACUGGCGUCAAUAUAACCUGCCGUUUGUUCAAAGAAAUUAGUGAUCAGGAAUGUUCUACAUUUUGACUGACCAUUUUGCGCUGAACCCUAGGUUCAGUAAGGUUCACACUGGUUUUCUUUCACACAAGUUUGUAAUAGCACUUCACCUCCCUUCCCUGUCCAUGGUACUCUUGAUUGUCUUCUAUAGCUUUUAUGAAGCUUGUUAAGAUUGUAAAAAGAAGGUUUAGGAGAAAGAAUGUCUUUGACUUGCUGUUCAUUUUGUUUGUUGUUGGUGUUGAAUGGUAAAUCGUGAUAAUCUAGUUUGAUUAUUAUUUCCUGUCUUUUACAGAUGGCAUCACCUUUGCAUAUUUCAUUUAUUGUAUUAAUGGCGUACGUCUGUGCUUAUCUGGCCUGUGUGUGUGUCUGAGUGUGAAUGUGUGUGAGAGCAGAAGAUGGACGUUUGCAAAUCAAACUUGACAUGGAUGGAAUUUUGGCCUGUCAAACUAUCUUAGGUAUUACUUGCGGUACAGACUAUAUCUGUCAAAAUAUGGUUCUCACCUUGCCGUGUACUUUCUGUGAUCAAAAGCGAGAAUACAACAAAUGUAAAAAAAAAAAAAAAAGAAAAGCGGGGAAAAAAAUGUAUAAUUUUGAUUUGAUGAAUCAGCAUCUUGUCUCCAUGGUGAUAACAAUAUUAUACAUAUUUACAGUUUGAAUAUCUAUGCGGGCAUGUAUUCGUUAUCAACUUAUUAAUACAAUAAAUUGAAACGCUAACCAGACAUUGCAACUGCAGUGUGUACGUUACAGAAAAUAAAAAUGUACAUGUGUCA